AAAGCUGAGCGCUGAAGGCUUGAACGCUCAGAGCGCUGCUUUCGAGCGUCACAUUCACCGGGAACUACAAGGAGAACAAGAUGACGACUCCUAACACUGACUUUAUGACUGUUGGAAAUAACAGCCCUGCCAACACAUUCCUUGACUCAGAGUUCCGUUACACUCUCUUUCCUAUAUUCUAUGGACUGGUCUUUCCCUUGGGGUUGAUGGCCAACUGCUACGCUCUUUAUGUGCUGCACCAUAUGCGGGAGUGUAAAGCCAUGAAUGAGAUUCGAAUCUACAUGACCAAUUUGACUGUUGCAGACCUGCUGUUUGUGGUCGCUCUACCGUUCUGGAUUGACUACUACAAGAAUCACGGCAACUGGAGGAGCCCAGAAUUCCUCUGUAGUAUCACAGGCUCUCUUUUCUUCAUCAACACAUACUGCUCUAUUCUCUUCCUUGCUGUCAUCAGCAUUAACCGUUACUGGGCCGUUACCAGGCCACUGGUGGCUGCUUCUUCUGACUGCUGGAAACGUGGAGCAAUCAUCUCAGCGCUCAUCUGGGUCAUCACUCUUGCAGCUUCAAUUAAAUAUCUCACUAAUACGGGAAUCCAGAAGGACAAUAACAUUUCUCGCUGUUUUGAGGGUUAUCAAAAUGAGGAAGACUCUACAAUAAAAACAGUGGCCGUCACCCACUUCAUCAUUAUUGCCGUGUUCUUUCUUGUUUUCUUGAUGGUGAUUGUCUGCAACAUUUUGAUUGCUCGAGCUCUUCUAAAGCAGCCCAUCAGUCAGCCUCGAGCCAGCACAGGAAAGCGUCCCGGUGGUACUAAGCGCAGAGCUUUGAGGAUGCUGUGUACUGUCAUAGGCGUCUUUGUGAUCUGUUUCCUCCCCCACCACGUGGUGCAGGGACCCUGGGUGUUGUCUGUGCUGCACUUGAGGAAAGAUUGGGAAGACAAAACUCACCAAAGAUUAAACGAUGCUCACCAGAUCACCCUCAUGCUUAUGGGGCUCAAUUGCCUACUGGACCCGCUGGUGUAUUGCUUCGCCACUACAAUGUUCCGCAAGUACAUCCAGAACCAUUUCACAAAGGUCAAGCAAAGCAAAAACUGUUCACGCAACACAUUAAGCACAGCUAUGUCACUGAAGAGCAGACAUCAGAGUGAAAAAUGAAGAUCAGAAAACUGCUGAGAAAUAUUUGGUGUCUGCUUAUUUUAGCAAAUUGUAAUCUUAUAUACUGUAGAUUAGAAAACUGCUGUGAAAUAUUUAUUGUCUGUUUAUUUUAACCAAUUAUAAUCUAGAUUUAGAUUCUAGUUGAAAUUAAUUUCAAUUCCAAAUUAGGUUCUGUUUGGAUUCUUAAAGGAAUAGUUCAUCUAAAAAUUUAAAUACUGUCAUCAUUUACUCAACCUCAUAUUGUUCCAAAGGUAUGACUUUUGUUUGUUUGUUUGUUUGUUUUAAAAAUUAUUAUAAAAAUGCCUUAAACAAACCAGUCAAAAUCUCUUCUUUUGUGUUCCACAGGAGUUACCGUGAGACUGGGCAAAUGAUGACAGAACUUUCAUUUUUAGGUAAACCAUCCCUUUAAAUGGUAAUCAAAUUAUUGACAUGAUCUUCAGUUGCUGCCCUUUGCAGAUAAACGAGAUAAUUCCAUCUCUUCAAAUUGUUCAAUGCAUAUGAUAAAUGCUUUAUAUACUGAAAUAUUAAGCUUCUUCCACCUGAUAUUUGAUUCAUGUAUUAUAAUAUUGUCUUUUAAAGAAAAAAAUCACCGAAAAAGGAAUGUGCAUGAUGCCUUUAAAUGUUUGCACUUGUGUAAGUGAAAUAUCUAUAUUGGUUAGAAAAGCAUAUUAUCUGUAAAAGGGUUGUUAUUUUUGAUAAGAUGUGGUGUUCAUUCUUGUGUUGAACAAAUGAAAACAUGAUGUCAUAUCAGUAGACAGUCUUCUCUAGAAUAAGGAUGACAAAUGAGCCAAGAGGAUGCUGUGGUAGUUCUGACCAAACCAAGAGGUGAUAAGAACAGAAGACAGCUCAAUUGUUAUUUUAGACAAUGCAGAUGACAGAGCUUCACUGUCUAUCUUAAAUAAGGGAGAGAUUGUGGUGCUGCUGAGGAGUUUGGAAUAUCAGGAAUAUAAAUUGCUCUUCGUCAAAUUGCUCUUGAUAGUUUAUUUCUGUCUCAUGUUAAUAUGACAACACAUAUUUAUUGUACUACGUUGGUUGUUUUGAAGUAGCUCUGUGAGGAGCAUUCCUGUGGGCCAGUUCUUAUGCCACAAAGGAAACCCAAGUAUUAUUUUGCAGUGGUUUGAUUUCCAGAAUGGGGAACUUGAACCACACAUCCCCUGGAAAUGUGCACUUAAACUUUGAAAUUACCAAUAAACUGCCCUUUUCUUGAUCUCUUAUAUCUUUUUACAAGAUAUUUAUAUCUUUCUUUUUAUAUGUAAGGAUUUGCAAAUCCAGACUUUUAAGAAAAUAUGUGUUUAGAUUCCCAGUAAUAUCUUGCCAUUUUUCUAUUGUUUAAUUAACAAGGUGUGUACAUGACCUUGGAAUUAUAAGGUUCUAUUUGAUAUUUUUGUCAAAAUUUAGUUAUUCACAUAUUCUUAUUCAGGGACAACUUAUUUAUAUUAUGUGAUAGAUUUUUUAAUGUUCUGUACAGUUUGGGACUUUUUAUUUAAAUAAACAACAAAGUUGUAUCUAUAUAGUCGAAUGGAAUGCAAAAACAUUGAAGCUCAAAAUCUCAAAACUACUCGGAAUGCAGAUAGAACCUUAUAAUUCCAAGGGGACGCUGUGUGUUUUAUGGUGGUCCUUUAGACAAUUAUUCAAUCAUGUUUAUUUCCUUGUUGCAUUAGCACAUUGUAAAAUAACAUAAUGCUUGUAUGACAGCUGCUUCUGCUGAAUCUUUCUCAGCAAUUAACUUCUGCAUUAAGCAGGAAGUUUUGCAAGAUGGUGUUGUACAGUACUUUUUGUUAAAGUUAUGAAAGUUAUCUUCUGUGGAACGUAAAGGAGAUGUUAUGCAAAAGGUAGGGACUUGGGUUUUCAUCCAUUUAUUGGAAGUGAAUAGUGACUGAAUCAUUUCUUUCAAUGUAUGAAGUGUAUGAAGGAUAGAUGUAAUAGAAAAACUUCUGGUCUCACAUUCUAUCAACUGCAGAUGCUAUUCUAGUACAGCAACUCUUUUUAUAUUUCAAUAUAAAAACAAUGUAUACAUUUCAAAUGGUCAUUGAUGUUUGCUUGUGAAUAAGGCUAUGUAUGUCAUUCAAAUUAAUCAGCACUGAAAAGGCAAACUAAUAAUAAAAAUAAUAACAUUAAUAAAAAAAAA